AGUUAACGGGCGCCGAUGAAUUCACCUGCACCUCGUCUACCUCUACUCUACCUGCGCAUCUCAACGUUUCAUCUUCAUUAAGUCUGUCCAAACACACGAUCCGCUUCCAAGUAUACCACUCUCAUGAAAGCCAUCUCAAUUCUCAACUUGCUUGCGGUGCCCUUACCGGAAUAGUAAUAUGGACAUCAAAGACAUGGUGGACACACCAGCGGACAGUCCGAGUCCGCGGCGUGACAGUCAAGCCGUCACCACCGCUGAACCGUCCGGCGAAUCGCGCCCUCACCCCAGGUCUGUCAAGACUGAGGCUGCUGGACAGUUGGAUGAAGACAUGGACGAUGAUGUAGAGAAGACAGGUUCCGCUAAGGGCGAUGAUGCACCAAUGUACACAGCAACGACAACGACGACGCGUCGCAAUGCGAACGGUAGCGUAUCAUCCGUAUAUUCCGGCAAUAAGAUUAGACAUUUGAAGAAGGAGGACGGCGUACCACUUUGGAGGAAAGAUAUUCAAUACGAUUUCCUUCGCCUCGUCUUUGAGGAUGACAAGAGAGUCUUUCACAAAGCGUCGGAUGGUAGUGGUGGCCACACUUUCGCCGAUAUCUAUCUGGACGCCAUGGCCAAGAGCAGCAAAUGUAGCAAGAUACUCAAGGACAAGCUCUUGACCGAGAGAGGCGCAGCAAUCAACAUGGCCAUGGUCUGCUUACUGGUCAACGUAGGCAGGAUGAACACAACCCUGAAUUUCUUUCCUGAAAUGCGCGCGCAACUCAGAACCUACCAUGCGAUUCCUUCAUUGCAAGCACAUCAAGACCCGAACGCGUACAAACAACUACAAGAUGCUCCACGCCUCAAAUCAAUACUCAAGGGAGCGACAGAGGAUACAGAGCAACCAAGCACUGUCGAAGACAUCAAGUCGCACCGAAUCCCCCGCACGAACCCUGUUAAUCUAAUAUUUGUUCUUGCGCAGUAUGCCCCGAAGAUCUCUGAACUCCAUUUUGUUCCUCCUCGGGAUUUCUUCGAUUUGGUCAUGAGAGAGACACUGAGCAGUCGCAGUAGAGCCACAGCGUUCUUGUGGCUGAUGUGGUGGUAUCUCGAGAGCAAUUUUAGCAAAGAAGAUGCAGAAAACAAUCCGUUUGGUCCAGGAUUACCAGGAUCAGACGGAGAUUCUACAAAUGGCCUCCCGAUCAAGUGCCCAGCUUUUGUAACAAUGACCCCUGAAGAAGUGGAGCAAGAGAACGUGGACACACAAGAAGAAAAGGACUUUGGCUGGCGUAAGAAGGAAGAACGGAAGCAAAUUCUCGCGAGUGACAUGGCUCCCGUUGUAACCGGCCCUAAGAGAGCUAAUAAGAAAGUAUACAAUCAAAAUCCUGUCUUCUCAGUCAACGAUGCCGAAACAGCUUCCCCAGGUCGAGAAUUCCAGUCGCCGAUACCGAACAGUCGUGGAUCGCGUCUCAAAAUACAUAAACUUGCCCCCGACUACAACUCUGACACGGACCGGACGCGAUCUGUUAGCCCUCCAGCUUCCCACUCGAAGUCUCAGCAGAACAUGAACAUUAACACGCUCCUCAACGAUGACACCCCGGCUGCCACGCCUCCGACUGUUCCAGCGAGGAAAGGGCCCGGACGUGGCAAUUGGGCCCGCAAUCGGAACCCCAACAUGGAGAAGAAUCGCGGGUACGACCCUCACAAUCGUACGUUCAAAUCGCGAAAUCUUCCACAGGACUCUGACAGUACAGCUAUGGGCGGACCACAUGGGUUCUACCUGCCAUUGAACGGGGCUGAGCCGGCGACGAAGCGAUCGCGGCCCAUCACAGCGCAUCAAGCGGCGGUAGAGAAGUAUCGUAAAGAACGUGUUGCGUACAUUCUCGACACUCGAUUGCGGAAACACUACGCUCUCGCGCGCAAGCAUCGAUCUAGGGAUGGUGCUAUGGCGCGUGCAUGGUUGCGGUGCAAGAUGAUGACGGAGGGCUACGACACAGACGACGACAUGGUGGCACAAUCGGAACGUGAACGAGCGGAACUACAGUCCAUGGACCGGAACGAGCCGUCAGGAGGGCGUGUUCGUGCACCACCGCCAACGUUUGUGGGGCUACUCCCAAUGCCCCUUGAACCGGAUGAUUACGGUGAGGAAGCACACUCUAGACUCAGCGUGAUGCGCAAAGCAGGUCGCCGCAUGGAACGCUGGGAAGAGGGUCUGGAUGUGCCCACGCACAAGCAAGCAUCUCGACGGCUCGAGGCAGAGAGACGACACGAAGAGGAGAUGGAAGAAUAUGGUGACGACGAUGGAGUAGGUCGACCCCGUGCUGGAGCUUAUGACAGAAGCAGUCCGGUCAGAGACGAGAUGGACGAAGACGGAGGCGACGAUGAGGCGGACGAGGAGCUUGACGAUGAGGACCGCGAGAUGCUUGGCGAGAUUGACGAUGUUGGCAGCAGUGACGAGGAUGAGGAAGCGGAUGUAGACGAGGGAGAGACGAUGGUUGGCGUGGAAGUUACAGGCUGAUGGCUGGCGUCUCUUGCGUACGAGAUUUGAAACUCAUGGUCAUGGUGGGUCGGUCACUGGAGGCAUCGGUAUUCACAUGAGGUAUUCGCGACGAUAAGAUGGAUGCUUGGUUAGGGCUGGGGCUCCUGUUCUAGGUAGGCAGAGGUGGUUGUAUCAACAUCUUGUGCGAUGUGCAUCGUGCAACUUUUCUCGAAGAGGUGCUAGCGUCCUAAACUCUCCAUAGCAACGGAUAUCCCAUCUCGUCCGAGAGUUGGGCCUUGAAGCCAGCAAUAAAUUGAUGAACGGACUCGGACGAAUGCGCGGACCGGGCUGGCCGGUUUGUAGGAUGAAUAACCUUGGAGGAGGCUUGCAGCGGACGACAAGCCCGG